CGUUGAUCGGUUGAUGUCUGCUACGCCCCUGUUGAGGCACAGAUUGUGUGAUCAGGAGCAGAACUGGCCAUGGCCAGUCCUCCAGUCAGUGGAGACAAACCGCUGACAACCGACCAGAUUAGAGAAAGGGCCAAUGACUGGAACUUGGCCUCAGAUGUGGGCCUUCUGGCCACCUUGCAAUCAUUCUCAGAGCGGCUGUGCUCGCGGGCGGAGGAGGUGAAGGCCGAGCUGGCCGGCCUGCUGGCUGACUCGGCCGACGCCCAGUGCAGAGUGCAGACGGCCGCCACGCAGCUGAUGCUGGUCUCCAACAGCCGCUUUGUCGAGUCGCGGGUUUACGAGGACGACAGUGCCGAGACGGUGGCGGCGGCGGCGGCGCCGGAGAAACAGACCGUCUCGAAGGAGGACGCUCAGAAGGAGACCCACAGUCGCCUGUGUGAGGCGUUGGCCCUAGGCGGGGAGCUGGUGGACCGGGCCUACGAGCGUCUGGAGGUCUCGGACUCUGACAGUGACGGAGACUCGAGCGACAGCCUGCCGCUGGCCGUGGAGCCGGUAGAUCCGUACCUGCACCGGCCGCUGCCCUACAUCAUCGGCAGCCGUCAGUUCGCCGACGACGACUCUGUGGGUCUACAGCUGGGCGGGGGCCCGCCGCCGGCAGACACCGAGGACGACCUCACGGACCAGGAAACGACUGGCGAUCUGCUGGACGGCACUGGCGACACUGGAGACGUGUUCGUCCCCGCCGCCCCCGCUCCCGCCGCCCCCGUCCCGGCCCCCGCCCGGGCGGCCGCCCAUCCGCCGGCCGACGACGCCUGGAGCGACUCGAGCGGCGACAUGUUCGACCCGGGGACACAGACGGCGCCAGGUGUUGCCGGUCAGAAGGCGAAAUCCCUCGAACGGGAGGAGCCGCCGCGGAGACAGACACGCGCCCGAGCGCCCUUAGAAGGAGACCUGUUCGCGCCGGAGUCGGACUCGGGCUCGGAGGCCGGUGACGGGGAGCUGUUUGGUGCCGGCCGACCGGCGGCAGCGGCCGGCCUGUGGGCUGGACCGGCCGCCCCGGCAGCAGCGGGAGGGGAGACCAGACGUCAGGGCGUGGAGCGGUCCGAGCAGACCCCGCCCGACGACCUCGGCUCCGACGGCUCCAGCCCCGGCGGGGAGGAUCCCGCUCCGGCUCCCGCUGCUGCUGCCGCGCAGCCGCCCACUCCAACACGAAGGCUGCCGGCCGGCGCCGUGGCGAUGUUCGGCGGCCUGGAUCCGUUCUCCGCCCCCCGUCGGAGGGAGGAUAACAGCAGCUCCUCUGACGAGGACGACCGGCCGGCCGCCGCCACCGCCGCGGGCCGACAGAAGCGACGGGGACCCAGGCUGCACGCGCGGCCGAUCAACUCUGAGCGCUCGACGGUGCCGGUGUCAGACGACGAGGAGGACCUGUUUGGGGGACGGACCGCGGCGGCUCCAGCCGGUCGGCAGCCGGGGAGGUCGGCACCGGCCGCCUCACACUCCCCCGCGCCGGCCCCGGCGAGAACCGCAGCCGCCCAGCCGGCGCAGAGGAGUGGCGCCGCGGCGGCGAAACCCUCGGCCAGCCUGUUUUCCAGCAGUGAUGACGAGGAUAUGUUCCAUGCGGCGGCCAAAGCGAGCGAGGCUGCCGCCAAAACUGCCGCGGCGGUCAGAAAACCUGCCUCUGGUCCUACCGCUGCCACUCCUAUCGCUUCGACUGCCGCUCCAGGCGCCGCGAAACCCCCUCCGAAAGGUCUGUUCGAUAGUGACUCGGAUGACGACAUUUUCUCACUGGUGGCUCCUGGUCGAGCGAAGACACCGCCGAGGGCCCAGGACGUGGGGAGGAGGGCCGAUCCUCUCGCCGACUCCCCGCCGCCGGUCCGGAGCAGCGGUGUCGCGACUGCCACCGCCCGGCCGCCGCUGCUCAGCACCGGUGUAGAGAAUGUCCGCGCGAUGGGUCCGACUGCCCCUGGUUCAUCUGCGCCUACGGUCAGCGCGGCAACCGUGGCAGCGCCGACCAUCCCAGCGGCCGCGGCCAAACCGCCAGAGAAACCAGCGGCACAGGAGGCCAAACCUCCAGUGAGCAGUCUGUUUUUGUCCAGUUCAGAGGAGGACCUCUUCGCCAGCUCGGCGUCGACGGGACGGGCGCCUGCGGCGAAAUCCAAAGCUGCGGCGUCGGUACCAGCACCAGCAGUGGAGCCUACGCCAUCCCCAGCACCGACGGCAGCUCAGGCACCAGCACCACUAUCUGCACCAGAACCAGUCCCAGCCCCAGCGCCAGCGCUGGCGCCUGCCGUUCCAGCCGCGGCCCCCUCAGCGGAUGUUACUGCUAUGCCGGCGACCGCUGCUUCAAAGGCUGCUCUGACAGCUGCUGCCCCAGCGGCUAAGGCGAAGAAGGCCGUAUCCGCCAGCCUGUUUGACUCAGACAGUGAUGAGGACGACCUGUUCCACCCUGCUGCGGCCUCCCGUACUGCUGCCUCCGCUAAAGCGGCGCCAGCGUCGACGAAUGUGACGAAACCAGCUAGUCGAGCACCGGUCGACGAGAAAGCUCAAGAAACGCCUAAUAGCUCUGUCAAAACAAAACUGGUGGAUGAGCAUGGCCCAGUGAAGGGCUCUGCGAUCUCGCCUGACGCGGUGUCGCCUCCUGUAGAACCCACCGCUGACCCCUCUGAGGACCGAGCGCCGUCUCCGGCCGCGGCGGACGCUCCCGACUCCCCCGGCGUGGUCCGUCGGAGCGGCGGUGGACCGUCCGGCGCGCGGCCCGUCUCUGCCGGCCUGUCGGCGCUGGCUGCGUCCAUCGAACACCAGCUGGGUUCCUCGGCUCGGCGGCGCUCCACCGGCCCGGCGGGCGGCGUGGCGCUGUUCGGGGCGGCAGGACCGACGGCGCGGCUGUCCCCGAGUCCUCCCGUCAGUCCGACCACCCACCCGCCGGCGGACAGCGCCCGGGAGGUGGGGAGUCCACCAGAGAGUCCGUCACAGAGUCCAGUGAGGAGUCCGGCCGCCGCGGCUGCCGGCCUGCCCCCACCGGAGGUCGUCAGACGCCGCCCGGAGCCGAAGCGCCACACCCGACCAGCGUCCGUGCCGACGGGACGGCCGGAGGUCAGCUCUCCGCCUCCGACACACACUGCCGCCGACCUGGGGCCGGCCGACCCGCUCGACACCCUGCCGUCGCUGACAAAGGAGCGGCCGCGCGGACCGGUCAAGCGUCGGCCCAGUCGGAAAAAGCCCGGUUCGAACCGGCUGUCUCUGCCGCCGGAGUCCAGCCAGUUCCAGUCGGUCACGUCGCCCGCUCCGGCCGACGAGCCCCCUGAGGACCGGCCGGUGCCGUCGGCGGCAGCGGCGGCGGUCAGAAGACCCCCGGCCGGCGGUCAGCGGCUGCCCGGGCUGAUCAACGCCGAGCUACGAGGCCGGCUGGCGCGGAGAACGGGCAGCGAUGCCGCCGAUGGCACGGAUGGAAGUGGAGGGCCGCCACUGUCGCCCGAGACUCCCGGUCCGUCUACGAGUGGAACAGCGCCUGUGCAAGAUACGGCGCCCGACCGGGGGAGCGCUGACGUGCGCACCGCGCUGGGAGGAAUCCCCGAGGACCCGUCAGCAGCAAGGAGCCAGACCGCGAUAUCGCCGGCGGUGGUGGCUGACUCUGUCCGGACUGGCUCUACCGUACUAGAGACUCCUGUGGCGUCGGAUCGGACGACGCUGCCGACUGCCGUCCAUCCAGUGGUGCCCGAGACACCCGCCGCGCCGUCACCCACCGACCUCGCCCGGCCGUCUGUGCCGGCCCGACCGGCGGCCGCGCCUCCCCCGGCGGGUCAGACCCCCGCCCCAACACCCGGGAAGGCCUCAGCGUCGCCGGCGGCCCGCGCGGCAGCCUCGCUGUUUGACAGUGACAGUGACGAGGAUCUGUUUCACAUGCCGGCUCCGCGUCCGGCCCAGAGGGUGACGGAUGCGUCAGCCGCGAGCGGCGCACCGCGGGUGGCUGGUGAACCACAGAAGACAGUGGUGAAGAGUGCCGUUAUACCGCCAUCCUCUGCCAAGCCGGAAAGUGUUGCGGUUGGCGGCAGUCAGGAGGUGACGGGUAGUGAGCAGGACUUGUCCAGGAAUGGGGAGCGUUCCACAGAAACUGCCUCUAAAACUGCCUCUAUCGCUGCACCCAGCAAAAGUGACUUCUCUCCAUCUCCCAAGCCUGUGCUCAAACCAAAGCCUUCAUCCUCUCAUCCCGUGCCCCAGCCGUCAGUCAUCUCUGAUCCUUCAGCGAGGGAAAUGCCGCCUGAGGAAGACUCCACGCUGCCGCCAGCGCCGCCGCCGCCAGCUGGCGGUCUGUUCGAUGACAGCGAUGAGGAGGAUUUAUUCCACUCGGUCCCAGCCCCGCAGUCGGCGACUGGUGCGUCCGGCGCGUCUGUCUCGGCACUGGGAACCCCAGCAGGCGCUCAGAUGAGGCACGAUGAGGGAAGGCGCGAAGGUGGGGUUAAAACGACGGCCAAAGAAGAACUCGCAGGCACCCAAGCCGACACACGAGGAAGUGAGGCCGACAGGCCUAGGUCAGCUGAGGAAAAUGUCACAGUGCGGGAUGAGGCGACGGCACUGACUCAUGCGGAUGACAAUCACUCUGUCCCCAAGACGGGGUCUACCUCAGGAGUUCAGCCUCCUUCGCCCGCACCAGUCACAGCAGCAGCCGAGCCGGGGCCCGUCAAGUCAGCAGCCGCCCCGGGGCCUGUCAAGCCAGGUCAUGGCAUCUUCGACUCUGACAGUGAUGAAGACCUGUUUCAGACCAUGCAGAAGUCAAAGCCGGCUGUGAAGGAGCCUGUCGAAGCUCCGAAAGCACCUUCGGCUGAACAAAAAAGCAUGCCGACGGAGACAUUGUCGUCCGCGACUUUGUCCCCUGCCAGUCGGGAACAAGACGCCAAAAGGAGCUCAGAAGAUAACGUGGGCCGAGUCGCCGACACGCAUAAAGCGGGGGAUGAGGGAUCAGCGUCCAGCGAGGUUCAGCGAUCAACUGAAGAGAAGGCUGAGAUGCCAUCCGAUUCCGUGACACAAAAUAACGCCGCAGAAUCACCCACGCCAAGUCAGCAUUCUAAAACCAGCCGCAGCGUUUUCGAAUCGGAUAGUGAAGAAGACCUAUUCCAAACAGUCAAAUCCAAGCCCAAGUCUGCUCACGUCCCUGGCGCAGCCCCUGUUUCUGAGAAUAUGAGUCCUGCCCCCAAGGUGAACCCACCACUGGCUGUGACGAACAAAUCUCCCCUGGAGGUUGCGGUGCAUGAAGAGAAAACACCGAGCCCAUCAGGCAGCCCCAGUGACACCGACAGUCCCGCCGACAUACAACCCCCGCAGUCCUCCGAUAGUCCGGAGCGCAGUGCGGAGGUCACGGUCAGUGGUGACCAGACCGGGCCGUCACCCGGUGGGGGUCGGAGAUCGCCACCCGGGGACGUUGGGUCGGCUCAGGACGAACAUAGCGCUGCUAAUGUGGCUAAAGGACAUGACAAGACGAGGACAGACGGCGGAGGCAGCUCUGGUGUUGUGUCAGAGGCGGAGACGGAAGGGGCGUUGCCAGCGUCCAGUCAGCAGGAGUCGACUUCUGGAGAUGCUGUGAGCGGUGUCCCUGCGAGUGAGGCUCAUUGUGCCAUCAAAACCGCCGCGCUGGAUGCUGACGAACCGGUGUUCAGUGAAGUGAAGCUGGCAGCUGAUGACAAGUCCCCUGAGGCGGCCGUCGCUCCCCCGACACCUGAUACUAAGAGCGCCUCUGUCGCGGCUCCUCCCUCACCCCAGACCUCUGUUGUUUCCGAGUCCGACCCCAUUCCCCCCGCCGCCGCGGCCUCCACCGCUGCCAAAUCGAGCCGCAGUAUUUUCGACUCGGAUAGUGAUGAAGAGGACCUUUUCCAGACGAUGAAGCCGAAGUCGGCCGUGAAAACACCGGCCACUGGCCAGAAGAGCCCCUCACUCAGAGCGUCAGCUAUGUCUGCAACCGUGACACAUACUGAGACCAACGAUCCAACUGCGAGAAUGAAAGACGCUACUUCAGGCGUGGCUGAUAACACUGAUGUCAAUUCAUCGAAGCCAGUGAACCAGAAAAGCCCGGCGACUGCCACUGCCAUUGCUGGGAAAGAUGCUGUUGAUACUGAGCCGCUGACUGUCGCGCCCGGCGCCGCCAGCCCGCCUGCUCCACUCGGCAAAACGGGCGGCUCUCUGUUCGACUCUGACAGUGACGACGAUCUGUUUAAAUCAACGAAGAGGUCCAAACCAGCCCCCACCAAAGCAGUGCCGGUGAAUAAUAAUGCUGUGACGAAACCAACGUCUGAGGCUUUCAGUUCAGUCUUGGGUAAAAGCAAGAAUAUUCAAAAUUUAGAAAAGAAGCCGACGAAAUCGCCUUCGGAUAUCGGAGAAAUCAGGCCAGUGACUCAGCCUGGUAAGGAGACUCCGAAGAGCGUUGUUCUGCCUCGCACUUCGCGGAAGGAGACGAAGCCGAGCCGUGGGUUGUUCAGCUCCGACAGCGACGAAGAUGAUCUGUUCUCGACGGCCAAGAACCGCCCGGCUGUGACCCCUAGUCCCACCACCAACAAGCGCUCCUCGCCCGCGCGGCAGCCCCAGUCGGCAGCGAAUGCUGCAGCAGCUGCCGCCGUUCGGACGGUGGAGCCGCCCAAAGUAGCCGGUUCUCCGCUGUCGGUGUCAGCCGUGGCGCCGCCGCCGGCUGCCGCCCCGGUCUCUGCCCCUACUCCAGUCCGGACCUCCGCGUCUGCCGCCGCCCGGCCCGCCGUCCCGCCGCCAGCCGAGGACAGUGACGAUGAUGACCUGUUUGGCAGCACCAGGAACGCGCCGCGGCCGGCCAGUCAGCGGGAGGAGGGCUGGGAGAGGGCAGCGGCAGCGGCGGCCGCCAGCAGGGCCCAGCCGCCCGCCAAGACAUCCGCCUCGUCCGCCGUCACGGGCUCCGGGAGAGCCAAACCGACCGCCGCUGUCCCCAAGACCGCCCGCGCCCCGCCGGCAGACAGUCUGUUCUCGGAUGACGACGAUGACGCCGAUCUGUUCAGCUACGCUAAGACGGUCCCGGCGGCUCGGGCGCCGGUCAGGGCGGGCGCGCGGCUGUUCUCUGAUAGUGAGGAGGACGAGGCGAUGCCGACCCAGGCAGCACGGCACGCGGACCACCCCAACCGUACAGGGGCCGUGUCCGCCGCGGCGCCGGCGAGUCACGGGGUCUCUGCCGAGCCGGCCAAACCGCAGCUGAAGCCGGCCACCUUCGACCCGCUGUCGGGCCUUCUGGGCGACUGAGGACGGCCGCCGGCACCGGAGCGUGUGUUCAGCGACAGCGGGAAACGACCGAUACAUGAGACAAGUCAGUCAGCUGCGCGCUGCGUAGAGCCUUCUUUCUGUCACCUCUGGAUGGGAUUUUGAUUGGAAAUGCGUCACAGAUUCACUCAUUGCUGCAGGCUGGGUCCACUGCUGGGUUUCCAGGAGCCCGCUGGCGUCCUGUUUCACCACUGUGCCUUCAGAAGUGACCUCUCGUUGGCGGGCAGUGGAGGCUGUUGUUACCUGUUAGAGUGCCGUAUAGCGGGCUGAUCGUUUGUCCCGAUUGUUGUGCGUUGCAUUAUUGUUAGUAGCAUGAGCUGUUAUCGUCAAAUUGCCAUAUCACGUCGUUUUGAAUCGAUGCAUGUCCAUGAGCUUCAACGGUGCUUGAGCGGUGCUCUGAAUUUGUGGGGAUUUCAAUCAUCGCUUUAAAAAACAUACUCAAGAUUGCCUAUUAGGUGGAUUCGUUCAUUACGCAUGGGGUUAGGUUGAGGUUGUUAUGUUUAAAACAUACUAUCGCUCUCUAUGUAAGAGGGUAUAUAUUUUCAUGAUGGUUUUAAGCCUACUAGCCAGAUUAUAUUCGUUUACUAAUCACGGGAUGGGCGUUGGCGGCAGCUGCCUGGUCGGUAUGACGGCUCUGCCGACCGCGCCGUGGUGUGACCACUGACCGCCCCACGGACCGGCCCGGCCCGGCCCGGUCCGUCCGGUGACCCCGCCGGUGACCCCGCACCACCGCACACCCACAUUCCGGCGUGUGACCGCCCGCGGCCAACGAGACCGAGUGGUCGGCCAACCGACACACAUGUGAUAACCAGUAUGGAAAGCCAUGUCUAUCGAAUAAACUCAGCAUGUUUUUA